AUUAAUUAUUGAGUGCCAAAUUAGAAUUUGAUAAUUUUUUUUAAUAAGUUUUUUUCAGAUUGUAUUUUUGGUGAAAAAGAAAAAUGCACAAAAUUUUUUUUUUAGGAGGGAAAAAAUUCCGCUGACUUCCAAAUCCCCUUGGCCCCUUCCUCAAAAUUUAAAUAUCCAUUGAAGCACCUCACUAAAUGCAACUAACAAACGACUAUCAUCUCCCCCGCCACCGGCACUGCCGCUAUAGCCACCGCCAAUGCACAACCACUGAGACGAAAACAAACCCACAAAUUUGAGUUCAUCACAAUGUCUCCUCAGAAAAGAUCUCCACCUAGUCCCCCUUCAACCGUCAACGAUCUCAAGAACCGGGUCAUCACCUCUCUCAAUAAGCUCUCCGACCGCGACACUCUCUCUCUCGCCACCACCGAGCUGGAGACCAUCGCUAAGACCCUCAGCCACGACUCCUUCUCCCCUUUCCUUAACUGCAUUCACAACACCGAUUCCUCUUCCAAGUCUCUCGUUCGCAAGGAAUGCGUCAACCUCUUGACUCUUCUCUCCAACUUCCACGGCAACUCGCUUUCUCCCCACCUCUCCAAAAUGAUCUCCACCGUUACUCGCCGCCUUCGUGACGCUGACUCCGCUGUCCGAUCCGCCUGCGUCGAGGCCACCAGUGCUAUGUCGUCGCAGAUCACCAAGCCACCGUUUUCUACCCUGUCGAAGCCGCUUAUUGAGUUGUUGACGCUUGAGCAGGAUUUUAAUGCUCAGAUCGGUGCGGCCAUGUGUUUGGCCGCCGCGAUUGAGGCGGCGCCAGAGCCGGAGGCGGAGCAGUUGAGGAAGGUGUUGCCGAGGCUAGGGAAGUUGGUGAAGGGCGAGGGAUUUAAAGCGAAAGCGGCGUUGUUGAGCGUGAUGGGAAAUAUUGUAGGCGUUGGUGGCGCGUCGAGUAAGGGCGUGUUGGAUUGGUUAGUACCGUGUUUGCUGCAGUUUCUGAGCAGUGAGGAUUGGGCAACCAGAAAGGCGGCGGCGGAGGCCUUGGGGAAGGUGGCCCUUGCGGAGAAGGAGUUGUCAAAAGAGCAUAAAGUUGCGUGCUUGAGUUCUCUGGAGAGCAGAAGAUUUGAUAAGGUGAAGGCUGUUCGGGAGACUAUGAAUCGUACCUUGGAGUCGUGGAAGGAAGUUCCUGGCGUUUCUGAUCAAGUUUCAGUAUCAUCUCAAUCUAAAUCUUCUUCAACAGAUAAAGCUAUUGGUGAAAGCUCCCCUUCUGCCUCCGAUAAUUCUCAUGAAGUUGGUGUCAAAUCUCCUCAACCAAAGAAAACAGUGCCCGCAAACAGGUCCCCUCCAUCGGAUGCUUCGUCUGUGACCACUGCCAGAAAACAAUACUCUGUAAAGACUAACAAUGACAAUUCAAAGACAGCUAUGUGUCGUAAAAUGGACCACAGGAAAAGCUCCACCUGGAAAAUUGAAAUUGCUCUACCACAAGGCACGGGCUGUGGGGAUGAUAUCAAGAGGUGCAAUUCAGGAGUUUUUGAAUCAGGAGGGGAUCCAAACAAGGAGAAAUGUACGCCAGACACAAAACUUGUCCUCUGCAGUAGUGUCAGAGAAGAUAAACAGCACAAAUUUGGUGGUCUGAAAUCUGGGUCAAGGGUGGUUCCAUUCAAUGAUGAUGAUAACUUUUAUAACAAGGAUGUUGAGGUCAACAAUCCAAAUGAAGAAUUCUUUGAGAACAAAGAUAUUGAGGAUCUUUCUUUAAUCCGUGAUCAACUUGUGCAGAUUGAAAACCAGCAAUCCAAUCUUUUAGACCUUCUCCAGAGAUUCAUUGGCAGCUCCCAGCAUGGGAUAAAUUCUCUGGAGACACGUGUUCAUGGCCUGGAGAUGGCAUUGGAUGAAAUUUCUUAUGACUUGGCAUUAUCAAGCGGAAGAAUUCCUAAUGCUGACUCUGCGGAUAACACUUGUUGCAAUCUGCCUGGUGCAGAAUUUUUGAGUUCUAAGUUCUGGAGGAGAACAGAAGGUCGUUAUUCUACUUCAAGGUUCUCUUCACUUGGAAGCAUGCAAUCACCGCAUGCUGCACGAAACAUUCUCAAUAAAGAUGCCAGCACUGAAACAUACAAUUUGAAUAGCCAAAGAUUUCAGCAUCAAAACAGUAGUGGAUUCAACGCGAACCCAUUGGCUGAUGCCCGCAGUGUGGCAAGGAGGAAUUUGGGGUUCUAUUCAAGUCAAAUGUCAAAUAACACAAUCCAAGAUGAUGGACAAGAUCAAAAAUCCAAUGGGUUAAGUGAAAUUUCAUCAGUUUCUUGUCCAGCACCUGUGAACUUAUGCAGCAGAUUGUCUGCUUAGUCAAAGUGGGAGCAUUUUUCAACAGCAAACUUACCUGAGAACAAGCAUCCUUGGUCAUUAAAACCUGAAGAUGGCAUCAAGUCCGCCACAGAAGGUCAUGAAUGUGAAAUUUCUUACUUACUGCUGCCUUAUUGAUUAUUUGAGACUGCUGUAAAAUACUAUCCAAAUUCCCUAAUUUAGAGGCAGCAUUGUCUUUUAUGAGGUGCCAGAGCAAGUCUCUGCAGAAAAUAGUCUUAUUUAGCAUUUGCAUCCUCACCGAUUCAUGCUGUACAGUCUAUAGUCUUCAGUCCUCCACACUGCACGCCUUUUUGCGGCUUGUUUUA